GGGCCCUCCGCGCGGCGCGCCCCCCGCCGCGGCUCACCCAGCACCAGCACCAUCUGCCCGCACAGGCAGUAGUAAACGUGAAGCGGCUUCUCCCCAUCGUCGUACUCCUCGCGGUCGCGGGUGUCGGAGCACACGACGGAGCGAGACACCACCUUGGGCAUGGCGGCGGCUCGGCGCGGCCUCCUCCCCCCCGGCGCAGGCCCGGCCUCCCCGCGGCUCCGCCCGCCCAGCGUGAGCUCGCAAGGGCCUUGGGAAAAACAACGUCUGUUUGCGCCCUUUUCGCGAGUUUUGUGUUUUACACGUUCUCAAAUCACGGUGCUUUCUCCCCAAAGGGGAAGUGGGUGCACGGCGGAGGGCUGAGGGCACCCCGCGUCCCGCACCGGGCAGCACGAUCCUGCGUUAACCGCGCGCUGCAACGGCAGAACUGAGGCCUUGGGUCAUUUCUGUUCACAAAGCAGCCGGGCCGAGCCGGGCACAGGGGCGGGGGCACGGUCAUACCCCCCCUUCACACGCUGUGCCAGGCGGCUGCGCCCCGCGGGAGCUCCUGCGAGCGGGGAGCUCCUGUGAACGGCACCUUUUGGGAGCGCGGGUGCCUGUGUAACUAAAAGCAAAGCACUGCACCGAGCCCCUUUGGACAAGCCUCAGGAGCUGACCCAUUUCUUACUGCACAGGCUGGGUCAGAGCAGGAAUGGGAGGGUUUCAGUGCAGCCAGGAAAGCAGCGUUUUGGUAUUUUCUUUCAACUUGUGUGUCAGGCAGAGCCCUCCCCUGAAGCCAGUGGCUGCAUUACACCAAGGUACAAGUGAGGGUCAGCUGGAAAAACGGGGCCUAUCCAGUCUGCUCCAGGCAACAGCAGAGAGAAAUUCCUAACUCCCAAAGGCUGUCGAAAAGAGGUAGAAAAGAGAUGGUUUUCCCUUGGAAAGCUUUUUCGAGGAAGCAGGAACUGCAGCGUAACGGGGACAGGGAGAACCGCGGGGACGCCGGGAGUGGUGCUGUCACUGCUAUGGAGCCCUGCUGUGCGUGGGGGGUGGGGGCUGUUACGGAGCCCUGCGGUGCUGGGGGGGCUGCACGUCCUUGGCCGUGGGAAGUGAAUUAAUCCCUUGCCUGGCUUUGCUGGUGCACAUGCGGGCUCGCCGCCCCCACUCUCCCGGUCCCUCCCCGGCCGCUCCCGGGGGCGGUGGGACCCGGCCCCGGAGGGAUCCGACCCGCGGCGCAGGCGCACCGGGCAUCAACACGGCUGCUGCCGAGACCGGGCCGCCCUCGUGACGUCACAGGUCACCCCUGUCCGCCGCAGCCGUUGGUACAGCCCCGCCGCUUUAGGCACCGCCCCCCCCCGCCGCGGUGGUAGAGGCCAGGUUGGGGGCUCAGCGACAUCCGGCCCCGCCUCCUCUCCCCGCGCCGUUGGUACGUCCCGGGAUCGCCCGGCAGCCGGCGCAGGAAUCGGUGCAGCCCAGGCCCCCCCCUGCGCCCGCCUCAGUGGUAGAGGCCGCGAUCGCUCCUGUUCGUCAGCGCUGCCGCUGCCUCAGUCGGAGCUCGCCGCCGUCUCUGGGCGCCCCGUGCUCCCUCUGGCAGUGUAUGAGUGAUCUAUAACCCUGAGCCCGCCAUGUCCACUCCGGCCCGUAGGCGCCUCAUGCGGGACUUCAAGAGGUUGCAGGAGGAUCCCCCGGCCGGGGUGAGCGGGGCCCCGUCCGAGAACAACAUCAUGGUGUGGAACGCCGUCAUCUUCGGGCCUGAGGGGACCCCUUUCGAGGACGGAACUUUCAAACUUACAAUAGAAUUCACAGAAGAAUAUCCGAAUAAGCCACCCACUGUUAGAUUUGUCUCUAAAAUGUUUCAUCCAAAUGUCUAUGCAGACGGUAGUAUAUGUCUGGAUAUUCUUCAGAAUCGUUGGAGUCCUACUUACGAUGUCUCCUCCAUCUUAACAUCCAUACAGUCUCUAUUGGAUGAGCCAAACCCCAACAGCCCAGCAAACAGCCAGGCAGCUCAGCUAUACCAAGAGAAUAAGCGGGAAUAUGAAAAACGGGUUUCUGCAAUAGUAGAACAGAGCUGGCGUGACUGUUGACCCAGGAUGAUGCAAAUGAACACUCUGUUGAUGAGGAAAAUAAACAAAGUGUCUGAGUCAUCUUUUUCCUCCUAGCAUUUACUUUGAAAGCAGAAUAGCUGUUGUGCUGUUGCCACCCUCCCUUGCUGAAGCUUCUUCUCCUUGGACACCAGAAAGCACCCACUUUGAAGUCAAGUGUUCUGUACUUGGGUUACUUGCAAAAGAGUUACUGAUGCUGAAUCCAUUUCCUGUGCCCCCUCUCCAGUCUUAGGGCAGUAUUGUGCAUUUCUGUAGUGUACACUAAGCUUUUAAUUGUAAUUGUGUUAUACACAGUGAUGCUUAUGUGUAGCUUGAUAAAGGGAUGUUUAUAUACAUACACAUUUUUUAACUGAUAUUAACUAAAGUGCUGAUGUGUCCAGGCUGGUCAUUUACCUCUACUAUUGGUUUAGACCCCACUGCAUUUGUACGUACGGAGUGAAGAAAUAACCUCUUGUUUCCCUUCUGUAUUGGUUUAUCAACUCCUUAGUCAUGGUAAAAACCAAAACCAAACAACCCUUAAAUUGAUUCCAAUUCAAAUACUUAGUAAGACUGUGGAAUGCUAGUUACUUCUGCACUUCACAUGCAAGAUUUAUGUACAGGUAUACAUAAAUCACUCCAGCUGUGGUACUCUGAUCUUUGCUUAGGGUGAGAAACACCCCCCAUUUUUAUUUUAUUUUAAAGGGCAUGCCUACAGAGACUGCUUCACUAAUUUCUGUAGUCCUGUCACUGAGGCAUUACUGGACAAACCCAGGUAGAGCUGUGGUACUCUGCGCGAAAGACCUUCCACAUUAAGGAAGAGAGAAAAGCUGAAGUAUUCCAGCAGUGGAAUUACUCCUUCAGUGUCUUUCACCUGCCCCUUACCUUUAGCUGAGAAAGACAAGUCCUUAGAGAUCCAACUUUGCCUUGUGGAAAGUUUGAAUAAAGUACAGGUGGGCACUUGAGUCUCUGCAGUUUCUGCUCUCCAUAGAUGACUGUGUGGUUUGUGUGAGCUACUGCUGCAUGCUUGAGUUAGUUUCCCUUCAGUUUUAUGAAAGUAUUUUUUCAACUCUGGAAAAAAGAAACAAAAACCAACCAACCCAACAUUUGUAAGUCCAGACUCGCUUUUUUGGUAGGGCUGAGUUUCUACGUUUGGAUACAGUACCUUAACAGCAGGGUGGGAUGAAGCCUACGAUUGUGUUGUCCACUGUUCCCGUGUCCUUUGUGUGCACAUUGGUCUGUUAGUUGAGAAGUACAACUUUGCACAAGUAACCCAUGUAAGAAACUGUACAUUUUUCAAAAGUUGUAAAUAAAGUGUAACCUUAGUGCUUAUUGUAUAAAUAGG